AAACUGGUAUGUGUGUUUCUGGGGUCAACUCCCUGAGAAGUCUUCAAGCAAGUUAACUCUGAUCUGCUCUCACUUGUGCAUCAAAGCUAUUAUGAAGACUGGGACGUCUCUUGCACUCCUGACAUUCUGGCUUGUCCAGGCCGACAGCUUGAAAUGCCACAAGUGCUUGAACAGGCGAGGAAACUGCUCGGAUACUGAGGUGGAGGAUUGCAAGCCGGGGCAAGAUUCUUGCUUCUUUGAGAUCAAGUGGUUCAUUGGAUUGCACGCAGACACAGUGAAACAGGGCUGUGGUAAUUCGGACUACUGCCGUCGGUAUCCUGGAGGGUAUAAAGGUUUCUUGUUCCGGAGGAUGCACUGUUGUUCCACGGAUCUCUGCUUACCUGUGAAAUAUCAUGCCAGCACAGUAGGGUCAGAAAACGGCGUGAAAUGCCAGAGUUGUAUUGGGAGUGCAGCCGAAUGUGGCCCAAAUGCGCCUACAGAGCCAUGCUUCGGGACUCAGGACAGAUGUGUGCAAAUAUCUCAGCAUUUUCUGCCAGGUGAAGGAUUAGAACCCAUCAUCAAAGGGUGUGGAACCGAUUCCGUUAAGGACGCGCAGGUGGUGUACCAGAUUGGGAACAAUUUGGCUUACAUCGAUCAAAAAGGCUGCAAGGGAUCGAACUGUAACAACGGGACUUUCCAAGACAUCUCUGCCGGAGAUCCGAAUGGAUUGCAGUGCUAUACUUGCCGGGAGACGGGGCUCGGGGAGUGCGCCCGUAACAAAUUGCAGCUCUUGAACUGUACGGGGGUCAUGGAUCGAUGUGUGCAUUUCAUGAACAAAGAGAACCGAAGCCUGACCAUCCAGAAGGGAUGCGGCACAGAGACGCUGUGCAGUUACCAAGGGAUUUCUGACCCGCUGAUGGUCAGGCCGGAUGGUGUCGCAGAAUGCUGCCGAACUUCCUUCUGCAACCGGGCAGGGAGCCGUUCAGCACCAGAGAGGCUUCUGCGAACUGUGGCUCUCUCCUUGCUGUUGGCAUUGAUGGCUUGGAAAUAGCCGCCCUCGGUUAAAUGAGUCCUCUGCGAAAGAUCUGGGACUGCUGCUGCCCUACAUUUUAAAAUUGGAUCUGGACAUUUCCGGCCUCUGCCCUUUGGAUUGCUGGAAUCGGUGACGGUGUUCAUUUGAUUUAAAGAUCUCUGUGUCUCCGGUGUCACACUGGUAGCAACAAACCAUUCCAACACAGGCGGAGAGCAAGUCUUGGGUGUGGGGAAGUUCUGUGCAAAACAACAGCAAAAACAAACCCUUCGUUUCUCUGCAGGGCUCUUUCUCUCCAGCAGGGGGCAGGUUUGAUUCCGUAUUCUCUUAAAUCAGAGGUAUGAACUCAUUUGUUACGAGGGCUGGAUCUGUCAUAAAUAUCUUUGUCGGGCCAGGCCACAUGUGCCAUAAAACGUAAUGCCAGCUUCUGGAGAUAUAAACUUUACAAUGACGCAGGCAAAACCCAAUUAACGGUAUUAUUUGUUACUCAAAAUACAAAUAAAAACAAUGGAUUCCUGGGA